AUGCUCCCAGCAACAGACUCUGUUUCACCCCAUCCUAAUCUUACAGUCAUGGAAUCGCCACCAUCAUCAAACCCACGAUCGGAACAGGAAACACAACCAGUUCCACACUUUGUGGAUCAACUUCCUGAAGAGAUCAUGGCCACUAUUACAUCAUUUUUACCCAUCGGAGCCAUGUCAUCGUGUCUAGCGGUGUGUACCAAAUGGAGAGCUGCAGUACUGAAACACUUACAUAUUUGUUUUCCCUUUAGUCAGGAUGGAAAAAACAAUGUGAUUCCCUUCGCUAACAAAGAAUUUCUACAUUUGGAAUCAUUUAGGGAAUUCAACAGUUUUUGGUUGCGUGUGAAUGAGAGUAUAUUUAUGGAUUUGGGCUGUAAAGGAAAACCCACAUUUAUCGGAGGAUCACUACAUAAUUUAUUGGAGAAAUUAAUAGAAUCUGUUGAUGAAAGUGAAAUGAAUGACCGUGAUGAGUUUGAAUUGUCAAGUAUUGCUGUAGCAGUCAUUGCAGGUGUGAGUGGCUCGUUAGAAUUUAUGACAUCACAGCAGAGAAAUCAAGUUUUGAGUGGGAACUUACCCCAAUCAAUGGCAAAUUCACCCAGUCCCCCAGGUCCUUUGCUUGGCAGUCCUAUUUCAACUGGAGCAAGCAUUACUUUCCCAAAUUUAACUAGUGGUGAAAGUGUUGAAACUGUGGACGAAGAAAAAUCCGCUAGUGCAUUGACUGAGGCGCCUCAUUCCUUCCAGCGCUCUUUUUUGAAGACUUUUGAAUCCUUUUUAUCAAAAUCAAAUUUAUGUCGGAUGUGUUUUCUUUAUUUGAUUGAUCUUGACAAGGAACAAAUGGUAACCAAACAGCCAGAAACUCAAAGAAAGGUUGUUAAAUUAAUGAAGGUUCUGAACAUGUUCAUUCACUAUUGCAUUAGAAUGGACCCUAAAGAUGAAGAAAACGAUGACAUGAUUGUAUUACAAUUUUCUCAAUUCUUAGAUUUGUAUUUAAUUCACGGAGGAGCUAACGAAUACAGUGAAAAUCCUCUCAAUACUGUAAAAUAUUUAAAAGGAAUUCAAAUCAAACAUAAUUUAUACAAAAAGUUGAUCACUCUGGAAGAACAAAAGAAAAAGAGACAAUUCAAAAUAAUUAAUCGAAUUUCUUCCUCAUCAUCCACAACACGUAGUGACAUAGCGCGUGAAACAAACAUAUAUACCAUUGGACUCAGCGAUUUGGCAAAACAAUUAACCAUUUUACAAUUUGAGCAUUACAAGAAUUUAAGACCUUUUGAAUUUAUUGGAUUCCCUUGGAGAAAGUGUGCAAACAAGUGUCCAUCUAUAGUCAUGAAUAACAAACAUUUUGAAAAUGUGGCCAAAUGGGUAGCGUCUGAAAUUGUAGUGCCAAAGGAUGUUCACGAUAGAGCCAAAGCGUUCAAGUUUUUUAUUGAUCUCUGUUUUGAAUUAUUCAACUAUCAAAAUUUUGAAACCAUAUUCGCCAUAUCUGCUGGCAUCAUGAGUGCUUCUGCUUUUAGGUUGAAGCUUACGAGACAAGAGGCUGGAGACGAAUAUGAAGAAAAACUUGAGCAUUUAAGAGAAAUUGUGAGUUUAAGAGCCAAUUUUAGAAUGCUAAGAAGUCUUCUAGAGUCUGUCAAAUCCGAAGCAUGCAUCCCUUAUCUUGGCCUGUUCUUAUCCGAUCUUAAAAAUUUGCAUGACACUUCCAAUCAACUCAGAAAGUACAUUGAAAAGGAGAAGGAACUUUCGGAAAAUGGUGUGACCUGUGUGAAUUGGUUCACUGUUCUUCGUGAAUAUCAAAUCAUUCACCAACUCAUGUUCUGGAAACAAAAAUGUGAAGAAAAAUAUCAAUCUCUCUUUGAAAAGGAUGAAACGAUUCAAAUUCGUAUUGAUCAAUACCUCAAACAAGCAUCAAGCUUUGAAGAGUUGUAUCAAAUAAGCUUGAAGCGAGAACCUCGACAGAAUAAUUAG